GUGCCGGGCGGCUGCUGGCUCUCCCGUCCCGUCCCGUCCCGUCCCGAAUCGUCCGGUGCCGGGGAUGUCCGGCGGGGGCAGCCGGCGGCGGGCCGGCCCCUCCUGGCACAGCACUUUCUCUCGCUUCUUCUCCAGGAGCCCUCCCGGCGAGGGGGCGGCGAACAGUUCUGAAAACAAACGGAGUGAAGCCAUAAAUUUAAAGAGCAGCCAAAAGGAAAGCACAGCUCYGCCUGCACUUUUUAAGGCUUGUCAAAAUGAAGAGAAGAAUCAUUCCACAGAAGAACUUAGCAAGUCUGAAAUMCAGGAGGAACUGAAAAAGGCCAAUAGCCUUCCUAGUUUGACUCCUGGAAUCAAAACAGCAGAUAAAGACAAGCAACCCCGAGAAGGCUUUUUUCAUUUCCUUGGAAGCUUAUUUAAUAUUGCAACAAAAUCUUCUUUGGUUGAAUCUAAACCUUCUACCUUCAAAGAUGAACCCAACAGAUGUGAAAAGGAUUUACAGAGCACAAAUACCCUUCCAAAGGACAUGCAGCCAAAGCAUCCAAAAACUGAAGAGUCUACAGCUAGGAAAAAAGAGGAUUCUGUUAAUAAAAAUGAUGCCAUCUUAAAUAAUAUUGGGAAAGAUAUCUCACGAGAUCUCCAAGGAGGCUGGAAACARUCUUCAGAUACAGAAAAACACAAACGACAGAAGCCAGAAGCACCCGCAGUCACUUACGCAACGUAUCGGGGUUCUGCAAGGAUCAGGCAGCUCCUGAAGAAUCAAUCAGAAAUUGGAAAAGGAGGAAAAAGUCCUGAGAACGGAAAUGCUUCAGCGGUCAAAGAAAAUGGAGAAGUCCAAACAGCUCUCUCUCUGGAAUCAGGAUGCCUAAUAGAAGAAAAUGGAAGACAUGAGGGUAAAGAUCACCAAGAUGAUGCCCUAUUAAAUUCUUCUGCAGUUAGAAUGGGAUGCCAACAGUCGGAUAAAACUCAGCAUUGCCUGAGCAGAAGUAAACAUGAAAUAACUUCGGAGGCCACAAUGUCAUUCACUGAAUCGUGUCAUGAGUUAGACUUAAAAAACACACCUGCUUUAGCUGCAACAAAAGUUAAAAGGACRUUUUCAUUAGAUUCAUUACUGCCAUUUAGUUGGAGAAACAGUGGGAUCUUAACCAAUUCCUCUUCCCAGAGUACUCAUUCCCUUAAGGUCAGUUCUGCAAACAAUUUGGUUGGAAAAGAAGAUGGACUGUCAGGAGAGGCAGGAACUCUGUUUCAGACAGACAAAAAUACCACUUCUAACUUUGAUAAAGAAAAUUAUUGUAGUAAAGCUAAUAAGGAGUCCCCAAAAGAAAUACAGGAUGAUUGUUUACAUUCACCCAAGUCAAGAAUCAAGACAGUUAAUGAAGAGCUGCAGGUGAGGAAGGGAGAAUGUUGCUGUGAUCAUCAAGUGGAUAAUCACUUAGAGAGGGCAUUGGAUGUCCAGAGGCUUCAUUUCAGUACSACUGCAUUUCAGAAGCAAGCAGAUCAGCAUACCAAGAGUGCCAAUAAAGAUAGGGAUCCAAGAAACAGUGAUUCACAGAAAAUUGUGGSAGCUGUAGAAAGAGAGGAAAAUCCACAGAACUGUCCGGCUACUGUUCUUCCUUUUGAUGAACGAAUACCUACUUCACUUAGCAUGGAAUCCAGAGGAGGAAAGUGCAUGGCCAGAGGUAAUCUAACCACUUCAGUGUCAUCUGUUGGACACGCUGAAGAUACAGUCAUGGGCAGGGGGACUUGUAAUGAAGAACUGAGUGACUUAGAGAAAGCAAUGCAUGUACAGGAUGGACACAAGCAAAUCCAAGUGGAGAAUUCUACAGAUGCUGCCACACAGCAGACUAGUUUUGCUUGUCUAGAGACAGAGUGUGUGGAAACAAUGAAGGUUUUGUCUGAGGUUGCAGUGGAAAAGGAAAGCUUUUCCAGCCCAUCACUGUGUGUACAUGGGCGUCAAAGUGUGAAAACAAAUUUUGAUGAGCUGACAGCACCUCUAACCCACGAGUCUAGCUCUCCAUCUAUGAUGGUUUCUCCUUCUGCCUUGAGAUCUGAAGGAAAGCUUUUGACCAACCAUUCUGCUUUCAUCCACGAAGAAGCCAAUGUAGACUUGAUUUCUGAGUCUCCACCUGUUUCUGAGAAGAGGUUUAUUAAUUUUUCUUCCAAGAAGGAAGACAGCAAUAAAUUGUGGAUAUCACCCACAGCAAUUGAUUCUUCAUCUGACAAACAAGGAAAAAUGCUCCCUUCUGCCACUAGYUCUGAAAAUGGCCAAAUUGCUGCUUCUGAACAGGACAGUUUUAUUUUUCCAGCUGCAGAGUCUAGRAGAAUAAUCCCUGUGGACAGGACGACCGAGGGGUCACCUUGCUCAGGAGACCUGAGGACUUUGUGCCCAGCAAGUUCUCUGGAACCUGAGAUUACUCCUGCUAUGCUUGAUGGAAUAGCUGCAGGGGUUGUUGGCAUCCUCAGGCCCAUUUCUCCUCUGGUAUCCAGAGAAGCCUUCAGUCUUCCUGUUUCUGCCGUGGAGAUGUCUGACACUGCUCAGGGGAACAGCAAUUCUUCCAGUCACAGGGCUAGUGAUGGGACAGAUGAGGCCUUCUCCACACAACAGGCUGACAGCGGUGUCCUGGCAGAGGCAAUGGCAUCACCAAUCUGUCCCUUGGAAUCUUUGGAUGCUGCAUCCAAGUCAGCCCAUUCUGAGAGUGUGUGCAGGGAUGCUGUGGGACAGGUGAAUCUUGGUGCUUCUGCUGUCUUGGAAGCCCCUUCUGGCCAAAAAGCUGCUGCACCUGCCCAGGCAAACAGCCUCUCUUCUGGGGAAGAAUGGGGAAAUACCGAUGUGGAGGGACAGGAAUGUUCUUCUUUCCCAGAUGCUGCUGUUUUGUUGAAGGAAGCUGAAGAAAUAGUGAACUCGGUCUUAUACUUGGCUACAGAAGAAAUUACAGCAAAAGAAGGCUUUGGUGUCUGCCACCCUUGUGGGAGCAAGGAUAGUUUUAAUACAGAUAYUGCAAAUUAUCAGAAGGCUGAAACUGUACAGCUGGCAGCAGCAGAAAUCCAGUCAGCUGUGCAAUCAUUAAAAGACUUUAAUGAGACCGGUGAAGGAGGCUCAUCUUCGUUUACAGGAAAUGAAAGAGUGGAUACAAAUAAUCAAGUUGAAAAGAUACUCUCUUGCAUCACUGAUAAAAUUGACCUAAAUAGGGUGCUAGYACUGAAAGCGAAAGAAACAGUUGAUGAGGUCAUUAACUCAGCCAUACAAAAACUGGCAUCGAAUCAGCAGCAAGGCAGUGAGAGGAAAAGGAUUUUUGGAAAGGUUCAGCCUAAACUUGAGGCUGAAAUGCCAAAGACAUUAAAUCUGGAUAUGAAGUUUCCUGCCAACACCCAGGAACCAGURGAGAUGGGUGAAACUCACACUGUAAAUGUAAACUGUGAAAAGGCAGAGUGCUUGGGUCCUCCUUUGCUUCCAAAUAGUAUGGAAAAUGGCAUAGAUUGGUCCCAAAGAGAUGAAAAUAUACCAAAUAAUGCAAUUACUUCUCAAACAAAUGGAGUUCUUCCCUCUGGCAGUUUAGCAAGGCCAGAAACAGAUCUUCUGACACCAGCAAAAGAGAGGCACAACGGAAAGGUGUGUGACCAUCUGGCUGCAGCAGAAAYGUGUGGCAAAGUAUCAAAAACGAGUAGAAAAUCUGAUGGAACUUUACAUUUUAUAGAUAGAGAUGCAACUGUGACUGAAGAAAUGCUUUUGCCAUUGCAGUUAGAAGGUUCAUGCAAUAAUACAAAUAUGCCAGAGUGCACGCUGCUGCCAGCUGUAAAUGUUAAUUUGUCAUCUUUUAUGCCUGGUGAAGAAUGUAUUAGCCUGCAGAGUGAAUCCAAAGAUAAAAGCAGCCCUCAUAUGUCUCUGGAAAGCAAUGCAGAGGACAGUCUGUGCGAACACUGUGGGAAAGAGGCUGCAGAAGAAGUACCUGUAAAAGUAAAAGCAGCCUUUCAAAGUUCAAAGGCAGUGGAGAGUGAAGAGGAACUAGCAGAAGGGGCAAGGGAGGGAGCAGAGGUUAAUACGGGAUUAGAUACACCGUCUGUGGUACCUGAAUUGUCUGCUAUUGGAGAGGGCAGUGAGGGGAAACGCUGCUUCAACACAGUCUUUGCCCAGAAUAAUGAGAAUCUGAAGCAGGCACAGACAAAGGAUCAAGACAUGGAGAGAAAUAAUCAGCUUGAAGAAAAUGGCCUGGACAGCAGCAAUGACAUGAGGGAACCAACAGAACUUUUGGCCUCUUCUCCACUGAUUGAACAGUGGGAAAACAAUUCCUUUACCAUCAUUUAUGAAGGUGCUCUUCAAACUGAGAACAAAUCUGUCUCCACUGAUGAUAUGCAGACUGGUUUGCUUUCUCCUUCUGAUUUGCCUUCAGAUAAUAUAGGUCAUCUAAGGUGUGACAGAACAAGGAAUAAGCAGGAGUCAGCCUGUCUGUAUGGGCAGGACAGCAAGGUGACUGACGCAGCAGAGAGCCGAGGCUCAGAGUCAUUCCUGAGUGUGGAGGCCAAGCGCUACAGGGUUUAUCCCUUCUCCCUGUCUCCCAUCUAUGAGGAUGACAGCUCCCAGGAAGAUCUGCUGUCCACGGAUGUGUCUCCAGAAAGCCGUCCUGGGGGAGUCUCUAAAGACAACUCUGACCCCUCUUCCGUGCUUUCCCUCCUCCAGUCGGUGUCUGAGCGGCUGCAGUUCAGCRCUCGGUUCAGCAGAGAGGAGGAAGAUGAGGAGGAUGGAGUGGAGGAAGAGGAAGAAGAAUCAUCAUAUGAGGAAAAUGUUCUUGAUGCUGAGAGAGAAGACAACUGCCUUUCCAGUGGGUGGACAGGGAAUUUUAAAUCAACCCCCCAAYUGAACGACCAAAGUAGAUCUUCUUUUCCCGAACCAUCAUUUCUUCUUUCGAAAGAACAGCUUGACUCACAGAAGCGACCAGAACGGCUUCUAGAUGUGGCUUAUUCCAGUCAAACACCUUGCAAACCAGUUCCAGAGAAAGCUGAUGCUGCUGUAGCACAUCCUCCUACAAGUGUGUAUUACCAGUAUUUGAAAUCUGCCCGCAAUGGCUCUUCUGAGAAGGGGACCAGGUUUGGAAGCAUCCUCCAGGAUAUGCUGCAGCCAAAGAUUCAUUGGUUUCAAGACAAUGCCAUGCCAAAACUGGGAGAGUUGUCAGUGAACCUCAUUGACAGGGCAAGUCUCAAACACAAUCCAAGACCAGGAAAGAUUAUUAUUUAUUAUAUUUGUGGCAACAGAAGUAAACAAGAAGUUCAUUCUGAUGUGCUAGAUGCCUCAUCAUGGAUCUUUCCCAUUGGAACAGUACUUAGGAUCAUUAGAGGAUGUUGGAUUUUUUAUGAGAAACCAAAGUUCCGGGGUCAAAAAUACGUACUGGAAGAAGGAGAGGCUGUGCUGGAUCACCUUUGGGAUCUUCCAGAUGUGAAACAUCAUCAAAGAAACCUCACAGUUGGUUCAAUCAAACACGUAACAAAGGACUGUGGCAUUCCAGAGGUGGAGUUCUGCCUGGCAGGUGGUAGUACAGAGGGACUUCCCAUCUGCAUACAGGGUGCAGUUGCCAAUUUAGAGGAACUGGAUGUUGAAAAAAACCCAUACAUAAGAGUCAAAUCAGGAGUAUGGCUUGCAUAUUCAGACUUGAAUUACAAGGGAGAGAUGACAGUUUUGGAAGAAUGUGGUUCACCCACUGAAAUUCCUUCAGCAGAUGUAAAAUCUCUGCGUCCCUUAAGAAUGGGUGGACUAAAGGUGCAAAUGCCAAUGAAUGUCAAGAUAAUUAUAUAUGAGAAAACCCACUUUGGAGGAUGGUCCAAAGAGUUUUCAGAAAAUGUCACUUCAGUCCCAGCACUGUUUGGUAGUGAAGAGGAGUUCCAGGAAAUUGGAUCACUACGUGUCAUUGGUGGAGUAUGGGUUGCCUAUGAUAAGGAGCGCUACAAAGGCCAUCAGUACUUGCUGGAGGAGGGAGAUUAUGAAGACAGACACUCCUGGGGGGGAGCUGACAGUGCCCUCCUGUCCUUCCGCUUCCUGCAGGCUGAUUUCAUGGAGUCUUCAGUGGCACUUUUUCAGUCUGAUGAUGAAGAUGGGAAAGCAUUUGACAUCGUCAAUGAAGACAUCCMUGAUUUGGAGCAGGCUGGAUUUGGCCCAGAGACAAAGUCGAUUCUUGUGAAAAGUGGAGUGUGGGUGGCAUAUCAACAGAAAUAUUUCUGUGGAGAACAAUAUGUAUUGGAGAAAGGAAAAUACAAAUGCUUCUUUGACUGGGGUGGAUCUAGUAAAACCAUCAUGUCAAUUCGACCUGUGAAGUUGGAGCCCCUUGGGAUGAAUGAGCCUCCACAUUUGCUCAAAGCUUUCAGUAAUACACAUUUCCAAGGAGCAUGUGUAGAUUUCACAGCRGAAGUUUCUGAUUUUACAUCAUUCAUACCAUGUUCUUUUAAGGUUCUCCGGGGAUGUUGGCUCCUGUGUUACAAAGGGGAAAUCACUGACAAUCAGUGUGUGCUGGAAGAAGGCCUCUACGUUGACCUCAGUUCCUGUGGCUGCCCCACUGCUACAAUCAAAUCCCUCAAGCCUAUUCAAUAUGUUUUUGCUGAGCCUUCCAUCAGUUUGUUCACCCUGGAAUGCUGCAAGGGCAGAGAGCUGCACUUCAGUGAACCAGUCAAUUCUGUUUUGAGUGAGGACCUGCAUUUUAACACCCAGUCCGUGUGGGUGAGAAGUGGAUUGUGGAUUGCUUACGAGGGAUGUAAUUUUUUAGGAAAGCAGUUUCUGUUGGAGCCCAGUGAGAUUUCAAACUGGAGUGRACACAGUGGCUGGAAAGCAAUUGGCUCCCUUCGUCCUGUGAAGCAGCCAGCAGUGUAUCUGAGAGUGAGGAACAGGGCCCAGGGGAAGUACCUGACCGUGGCUGGGAGCCUGGCAGACAUCAGGGCGACCUCGGUGUGCGUGGCCCCGCACAACAGCAACAACUCCCAGCUCUGGCACUACUGCCGGGGGCUCUUCAAAUCCAAGGCCAACAAUGCCUGUCUGGAUGUCAUUGGUGGCAGAGACGUGCCUGGGGUCAAAGUCGCCCUCUGGACAGAACAUGGGAAGGACAGGCAGAAGUGGAGACUCAACGAGGAUGGAACCAUCAGUUCAUACCUCAGUGAGCAACUGGUGCUUGAUAUUAAAGGAGGAAAUUAUUAUGACAAGAAUCACAUCAUUAUGAAUCAGCCAUUAGAAAACAAACCUUCACAGAAAUGGGAUAUUGAAAUAUUGUGAGUAAAACCCACCCCAUGGAUGGACUUUGUGUGAGCUACCAACAUCUACAGGGGGGAAAAAAAAAGAACCCAACUACUGAAGUCACACACCACUGGAAGCAUAAGCAGCAACUCCUCUCUAUUUUCCUUCAUGACAAGCACCAGCUCCUAAAAGAACUGAAUUUUGCACAAAUCUGGAAGAUGGGAGGUUGAUCCAAUGUCUCUCUGCAGGGAAGCUGAUUCUUCAGAGGCUGCUCCUGUGAAAGUCACCAUUGCUCUUCAUCUGAAAGGUAAAUGCAGAAGAGUAGGCAGAGGUUUUGCAGGAUGGGAAGUGCAAGAGCUAGCAGGGAAAAGGCUCUUCAGAAAUGCUGUCUUACUUUCCCCACACUCCUGGAAGCUCACUGAGGAGGGAAUGCACAGAGGAGCUUCAAGGAACUUGAGUUGGUCUUUCUUG